AGAAGAUAUCAGCAGUGUCCAGCUGUGUGUCCAUUAGAAGUGAAAACCACCUGUCAUCGUCUGUUAAACAAUAUAAACACAGGUUAACAAAGCAGGAAAGAAUGGACUUAAGCAGUGCUGUGUCCAUAAAUGAGUAUGAUUCCCAGGAAUCUGCAUACACACAGUGCAAAAUUCAACUCCAAAUGAAAUUGACGAAAAAAUGUAAGUUUUUACAUGAAGGAACAGAACAGCAAGGAAGUCCAACACUCCUAAAUGAGAUCUAUACUGAGCUCUACAUCACAGAUGCUAAAGAAAUAACUGAAGAAUGUGAGAUCAGACAGAUUGAAAUGGCAGCUUUAAAAUUAGUGACAGAGGAUAGGUCAAUCAACUGCAAUGACAUUUUCACCCUUUUACCUGGACAAAACCAGCCCAUCAGAACUGUGCUGACUAAAGGAUUCGCUGGGAUUGGAAAAACAGUCUCCGUGCAGAAGUUUAUUUUGGACUGGGCUGAAGGGAAAGCAAAUCAGGACGUCCACUUCAUAUUUCCACUUCCUUUCAGAGAGCUGAAUUUGAUAAAUGACAAAAAGCUCAGUCUUUUAGAUCUUCUCCAAGUUUUUUUCCCUGAAACAAAGGAAAUUGACAUUUUCAGUGAUAAAUAUAAAGUGUUGUUUAUCUUUGAUGGUCUAGACGAAUGCCGUUUUCUCUUAGAUUUUCCCAGCAAUGAGAAUCUACAGGAUGUAAACAAAGAGACAUCAGUAGACGUGCUGCUGACAAACCUCAUUGUGGGGAAUCUGCUUCCCUCUGCUCUCAUCUGGAUCACCUCCAGACCAGCAGCAACUGAUCUCAUCCCCUCUGAUUGUGUCCAUCGAGUGACAGUGGUACGAGGCUUCAAUGACCCUCAGAAAUUGCAAUACUUCAGAAAGAGAAUCAGUGAUCAGAUCCUGGCUGAGAAAAUCAUCUCACACCUGAAGUCAUCGAGGAGCCUCUACAUCAUGUGUCACAUCCCAGUGUUCUGCUGGAUCUCAUCCACAGUUCUAGAGAAGAUGUUGAGUCAAGCAGAGAGUGGAGAGAUUCCCAAGACUCUCACUCAAAUGUUCACACACUUUCUGAUCAUUCAGAUCAGAAUCAAACAUGAAAAGCACUAUGAGAAAUACCUGAAAGAUGAAGACAUGAUCCUCAAACUGGCAAAACUGGCUUAUCAGCAGCUUGUGAAAUGCAGUGCUAUCUUCUAUGAAGAAGAUCUGAGAGAAUGUGGCAUCGAUGUGACAGAAGCAUCAGUGUACUCGGGGUUGUGCACUCAGAUCUUCAGAGAGGAGUUUGGGUUGGAUUCAGGGAAAAUCUACUGCUUUGUUCACCUCAGCAUUCAGGAACAUCUGGCUGCUAUGUAUGUGCAUCACACCUUCACAACACAGAACUGUAAUGUGUUACACCAAAUUACUGAACCAUCUCAAGAAGGAACAUAUACACAGAUUCCAAUAUUUGACCUGCAUCAGAAAGCUGUUGAUCAGACCUUACAAAAUAAAAAUAGACACCUGGGCCUAUUUCUUCGCUUUCUUCUGGGCUUCUCGCUUUAUUGCAAUCAGACUCUUUUAAAAGUCCUUCUGUCACAGACAGAACCCACAAGCCACAAUUUAGAGAAAACAGUCGAAUACAUCAAGAAGAAGAUAGAGGAAAAUCCCGACCCAGAUAAAUUCAUCAGUCUGUUCCACUGCCUUAAUGAUCUGGGUGACAGUUCACUAGUGGAACAAAUUCAGCGUUAUCUCAAUCGAAGAGCUCUUACCACAGCCAAAUUAACCACUUUACAGUGGUCAGCUGUCGUGUUUGUUCUUCUGACUUCAGAGAACUUGGAUGUCUUUGAAUUGAAGGCAUUUGCCUGGAAAACCAACUGUGCACGAAUGGUGCGAGUUCUUCGGCAUCUUGUGCCUGUGGUUAAAGCAUCCAAAUCAGUUCGACUUGCUCAUUGUGGAUUGACACCAAAGUGCUGCCAUCCUCUGGCCGAAGCUCUUGCCUCUGAGUCUUCAUGUCUAAUGGAAAUGAAACUGAAUGGAAAUGAAUUAAAAGAUGCAGGAGUGAAGAUGCUCUCUGAAGGACUGGGAAAUUUGAAUUGCAAACUACAGAAUCUCGGGUUAAAUGAUUGUGGUGUCACAGGUGAAGGCUGUGUUGCUCUGGCUUCAGCUAUCAUAUCAAACCCCUUACACCUGAGAGAACUGGAUCUGUCAUUUAAUGAACUAGGAGAUAUAGGAGUACAGUGUCUGUCUGAUGGACUAAAGAAUCCUCUAUGUAAAUUAGAGAAACUGAAGCUGAGGAAAUGUCAUGUAACAGGGGAAGGUUGUGCUGCUCUGGAUUCAGCUCUGGCAUCAAACCCCUCACACCUGAGAGAGCUGGAUCUGACUAAAAAUAAUGUAAGAGAUGUGGGAGUGAAUUGGCUGUCUGUCACUCUUAUGAAUCCUAAAUGUCAACUGAAAAUUCUGAGGCUUAUGGAGUGUGGUGUCACAGAUGAAAGUUGUGCUGCUCUGGCUUCAGCUCUGAGAUCAAACCCCUCUCACCUGAAAGUACUGGAUCUGUCUGGGAAUAAACUGGGAGACUCUGGAAUUAAGCUUCUUUCGAAAGGACCAAAGUAUCCUGCUAUUGGCCUUGAACAAUUGUGGCUGACUGGUUGUGGUAUCACUCACAAAGGUUGUGGUGCUCUGACUUUGGCUCUGACAUCAAACCUCUCGGAGCUGAAAGAGCUAAAUCUGUCUAACAAUCUCAUAGGAGACUCAGGGCUGAAGCUGUUUUCUGAAGUACUGCAGAGUCAUCACUGUAAACUGCAGACACUCGGGUUGAAUGAUUGUGGUAUCACUGAUGAAGGUUGCGAGGCUCUGAUUUCUGCUCUGACAUUAAACCUCUCAAACUUGAGUAAGCUGCAUCUGUCUGGGAAUAAAAUUGAAAAGUCAACAGAGGAUCGCCUCUUAGCUCUCAGGGGACAUCCAGAUAAUAAGCUGAAAAAAGUCAAUCUAUCCAAUUGCAGAUCUGAAUCUUACUCAGAGUAUUGAGACAUCAGGAGCAACAAUGAUCCUGCUGCACAAUUAAACAUGAAUUACUACUCAUAUUUGACAGGCUGACACAAGAUCCACCUCGCCCUUGUGAAUAAGCACUGAACUUUUCAGCAUUCAUUCUUUUACUUUGAACAAUCUAUUAUUGGGUGAUUUUUUUUUUUUUUUUACAUCUCUAGUAACACAUUUGAAACAUGAAAUAUUAAAGUACAAAAAAUGCUAUAGUAUUUUCCU